AUGUCUUCUCAAAAUGACCCAGAAGCUCAUUUUGACCUCAAGAAAGCCCUCAAGCGAGCACUUGGCGGGGGUCUCAGUGGUGCUGCCGCCAUGGUGUUGCAGGUUUUACUACUGAUGCCUCUGCGAACAAUUAUGAACUAUCAGUACCGACACGGGACAUCUUUCACUAUUGCCACAAAAACUCUUUACACUGAAGGAGGUAUUCGCCGAUACUACCAAGGCAUUGCACCUGCUCUUUUUCAAGGUCCCAUCUCACGUUUCGGGGAUACGGCGGCCAACGCGGGAAUCCUCGCUCUACUACAGUCAAACCCGUAUCUCAAGGAUCUUCCCUCGCCUAUCAAGACCAUUUUCGCAUCUCUCUGUGCCGCAGCUUUUCGCAUGAUUCUCACCCCCAUCGACACACUAAAGACAACCCUUCAAGCCCAAGGAGCAAGAGGUACAGCCCUUCUACGACGGCGCAUCAAGUCGAAUGGAGUUGGCAGUCUCUGGUGGGGAGCCUUUGCUACCGCCGCUGCCACCUUUGUCGGGCAUUACCCAUGGUUUGCCACAUACAACUUCUUAUCUGAGACUAUAACCGAACCACCCAGACAUCCUCUUGUGUGGUGGUUACUCAGACUCGCAUUUAUUGGAUUUUGUGCUUCGAUUGUGUCUGACUCCAUCUCCAACUCACUAAGGGUAGUCAAGACCUACCGCCAAGUCAACGACACCAAGAUAUCAUACUCCGAGGCUGCGCGUGCCGUUGUCGUUCAAGAUGGCAUCUUUGGUCUUCUAGGGCGUGGACUCAAGACUCGGAUUUUGGCCAACGGCCUGCAGGGAAUUAUUUUCUCUAUCCUUUGGAAGCUAUUCCUUGAUUUAUGGGAAAAAAGAACCUAG